UACUAUAUUACUUACUUAAUUUGCUCAGUCAGUUUUUGUUAUUGUAAAGUACAUUGUAAUGUAAAUCGGGUUAUCGGGUGAAAUACCUAUAGCUCAAUGGUAGUUAACAAGCAACGAACAGAACAGCAGGUGCACAAGUCGGCUGUUCGAUUCUUUGAGAAAUCCGUGUUUAUAUUAUUUUUGUAUUGUCGGUUUAGAUAUUUUUGUAUCACCAGUGAACAAGUGAUAUGUUAGUCAUGAAGGUGGACAACGUUUCGUUAAUGCCGUCGAAAUCCUAAAUGAAGGCUGGAGCAAGCUGCUCCCCCGUCAUGUGUCAAAAGACACGCUCACUCCUGUGUGUAGUUAUGUGUGUCCUUAUCGUAACAAAACAACAGGUAACAGUCAUGUUUAAUCUGGACAGUGAGUGCUGCACAGGGUAGAGUAUAGUUACGAGGAUAUAUGUUGAUCCGUAGUCUCGAAUAUAAAACAUAAGAGAUGUGAAGACAGCACAAAGUCUUGUUGUGGUAUCACAACUUAAUCUGAGUCGAUCACAGUUUCCCAGCUGACAGCGGUGGGCGAGCUGGGUGUAAACAACGGGCUACAUGCUUCAUUACACACUGUAUGAAGAGUAAACUGGUCUCACAUCGACUUGACGUCAGAUAACGACGUAUAACAUAAAUAUCAGACUGACAACAAGAGCAUUUUGUCAAGUAUUUAUUGAAGUUAGUCGUAUAUUGAACAGGCACCAGCAGAGUCACCUACUUUGUCCUCGCUCCGUGUCCUCGGCGUCUCAACUACAGCCUCCCGAACAGGUAUCACAUUUUACAGCAAAGUCAUCCGUGUUUAGUCUUUAAAACAUUAGCGUUACAUAAAAAGAACGUGACAGAGAGGCUAAGCGAUGGAAAUGUGCAUUUCCUAGUUAGUCGAGACGGGUCCUGAGAGGCAACUCGAGGCCACUCCUACGGCACAUCUGCCUCAUGCACGCGUACCAAAACCAGUUAAUUCAAAAACCAGUUAAUACCGCACACCGGGUCUGAGUGCCGCAAACAGCGGCUCGAGGUGCCGUGUGUGUGCGUGUCGGAGUAAUUGGGAGUGCUGCACUAUGAUAGAUAGUGCGUUACACGCUGCUGGACGUAUCUGCAGCGCUUUUUUUAGCCAGUUCUAUUGAGAGGAUUCGGAGGGAAGCGUCGGGAUUUGAGCGUUGACAGCUGCGCCGCCCUGCGCUUCCAUCGGAGGCAAGUAUCCGUUUCCCUUUAAGGUGAGUCGGCAGAGCACUUGGUCUUGUUCGGUCAAUGCAUGAAUCCAAGUUGCGGCAUAUGGAUGCUCCUGCCGCGUAUCAGGCGCUGUUCCCUUACAGUUGACGGUGAGGUUGUUGCAACGCUGGCAGCAUGUUGCAGACCGUUGGAACGCACUCGUCUGAGGUUGUUUUCCCCGACAGGAAAGAUCAGGGUGGUCCAAAUACCGCUCAGUGAAGGAUUAAUGUCCUCUUUACGAACCACAUUGCAAAAUCGGGCAUGAUGUAAAACCGUAUAGGCCUUGUACACGCAUCACAUGUUGUUAGUGUAGUGAGGCUGGUGCAGAAGCACAUGUGUGCAGUGAAAACACAUUUUGGCUUUAAAGAUGAAUUUACGUGGUGAAAACGUUGGAUUGUUGAUAAAAAAGGUGUUUUGCAAUCAGUCUUUUUGAAAUUUGCGUAUAGAUUUCAGGUACAUUUACAAAUGAGAUUAUCACACGUUUGUGUGACUUUCUUAUCUAAACAUGAAUAUAAAUACAGAUUGCCCACUCCUAUCUGUAAACACUACAAACGGAAACAAACAAGAACAGCACCAGAUCAGGACGAAAACAAACCCUAAUUGAGUCAUUGUCUCAUGUGGGACCUUUUAGACAGACAGUAGUAACGGCUUCAGUUUGUGUUUUGAUCUUUUGGUGGUGGGCCUCUUGUUUACAUAUGUUAAAGCUUGUAGCAUAAAGCUUCAAUUAAUUCAGUUUAAAAUCAACUGGUAUCUUUGUUGAUUAUAAGUUCCCUAUAUCAGCUGUUUAUUGUAGUGGCACAUUAUCAAUAAGAAAAUAUAGUCUUCCAAAUUAAAGCCAGAUUGUACACUAUCCUUGCAAGUUUGAAUUUAAGCAAUACAGCACUAUUUCUAGUUUAAUUUUAAUAUUGUAAUAAAACAUUGCAAAUUUGAAUAAACUGUAAUGUUGUCCCUUGUAUUCUUGUUAUGUAAAUCUACUGCUCUAUUUUGAAAUGGAGAAGCUAUCAACAAUGAAGCAAUGGGAUGGUCAAGUACAAAAAGUUACCUGAAUGUCGAUAAUUUAUGGCUUUUGUUUUUGUCUUUUCUCGAUAAGCAAGUAUACACUUUUUUAAAUUAUCAUAUCCUUGCAUCAGCUGGUGUGGUCACAAUACAGAUUGGGUAGUUUGCAGAUUGUAGAGGUGGUAUACAAUUCAAAGUUGAGGUCUUAGUGUUUCUGAAUAAGUAAAGAAAUGCAAGAAACGACUUCUGAAACUGCAUUAGUUGGCUAUUCUGCAUGUUGGACAUGUUUUAAAAACACAUUAAUGGUUUCCCCCUUCUUUCCCACCUGUCUUUAGAUAUUUUCCAGGUGCCAUUCAAUGUCCAGUAGCACGUGGCUGAGGUUGCUCUGUGGCUGAUCCUGACAAUGCGCUCGACAAACCGCUCAGGAGGGGCGUGGGGAUGAAAUGGACGGAGCCCAUGGCCAGACCUGUGCACAAACUCCAACCUCCCAGCAUGUCCAGCCCCAGCAAGUCUCCCCUCUCUGGAGAAGCUGCAGGCUCUAACUCCAUGGCAUGGGUGAAGAUGUUCAAAAAACCUGGUGGAGGCCUGAAGAAGUCCUACCAGCCUGGGAGCAUGCUGUCUCUCGCGCUCACCAAAGGCCUCCUGAAUGAGCCCGGGCAAAAUAGUUGCUUCCUAAACAGCGCUGUUCAGGUGCUUUGGCAGCUGGACAUCUUCAGGAGAAGUCUGAGGCAGCUCUCAGGUCACUUCUGUCUCGGUGAUGCCUGCAUUUUCUGUGCUUUGAAGAGCAUCUUCAGCCAGUUUCAGCAGAGCAGAGAGCGCGUGCUCCCCUCCGACAGCCUGCGUAACGCCCUUGCUGAAACCUUUAAGGAUGAGCAACGCUUCCAACUUGGCCUGAUGGAUGAUGCUGCUGAGUGCUUUGAGAACAUCCUUGAGCGAAUUCACUUACAUAUAGUUUCGGACACUGCGACAGACGCAUGUUCAUCCAAAUCCUGCAUCACCCAUCAGAAGUUUGCAAUGAUGCUUUAUGAGCAGUUUGUGUGUCGCUGCUGUGGUGCAUCUUCAGACCCACAUCCAUUCACAGAAUUCGUACAUUAUGUCUCAACCACAGCUUUAUGCCAACAGGUCGAUCACAUGUUGGGAAAGAACGAACGGCUCAGAUCAGACAUGCUUGGAGAAUUGUUGCAGGCAGCAAACAACACAGGUGACCAACGAAGCUGCCCGAGCAACUGCGGUCAAAGUAUCAAGAUCCGUCGGGUGCUCAUGAACUGUCCAGAGAUUGUCACUAUUGGAUUUGUAUGGGAUGCUGAGCAGUCCGAUCUCACGGACGAUGUCAUUCGGUCACUUGGCCCACGUUUGAACCUGUGUGGGCUUUUUAAUCGUGUCACAGAUGAAAAUGCCACACGGAGUGAGCUUCAUCUGGUGGGGAUGAUCUGUUUUUCGAGCAAACACUACUCAGCCUUUGCCUAUCACACUAAAUCUUCAAAAUGGAUGUUUUUCGAUGAUGCUACUGUAAAGGAGAUUGGAUCCAAAUGGAAAGAUGUUGCCUCUAAAUGUGUUAGGGGACAUUACCAGCCACUUCUUUUAUUUUACACCAAUCCAGAGGGAUCUCCAGUCUCUAAUGAAGACGCACCGAGACAAACCACCAUGUGUCCUCCUCGGUACAAAGCCCAACUGAAUGGGGAUGUGACAGUGAAACUUCCCCUCGGCAGUCCUAACAAAUACCAGGAACCUUUCAUGGAGAAUUUGCAGAGGCCAAGUGAAACAUCAAAAAAGGAUCAAGGGCAUCGGAAAAUGGACUUAUCACAACAGAAAGAAAUGACACAUGCAAGAUCUUCAUCUCCUCCAGAGAAUGGACCGAGGACUCCUGUGGACCAAAAAUGUAAAACCUAUCCGCGCACGAAGUCAUCAAACCAUUCAAGCAGAGGAUCUCAGAAGCCACGUGGGCAGUUCUUCAGUACGCAGGGUGGUGGGCACAGCCGUAGGACCAACACCUCACCAAGUCGCCCUGAUCAGGAUAGCUGCCAUGAGCAAUGGGAAAAAAGUGUAAAUGAUGGAAGCCGCAAUAAAUCUAAGUCUACUUGGAGACCAAUUCGGGAGGUGUUGAACGUGGACACCGUGCUAAACGACCUGGAGCAGCGUCGUCAACAGCAACACGAAAGCCCCCGGCACAGUAAGCCUUCAUCACAAGAACGAGUGCACACUGAACAAAGCCGAGACGGCGAGCAGGAAGAUGUACGAACCAGGGAUGAUAGGAAGCAGAAGUGUUUAAUGACGAUUUAUGAGGAGGAGCAGCGACAUAAAACUGAGAGCCACAGCUCUGUAGAGUCAGAGAGCAGGGCCAACCAAAGGGACAGCAGACUUAAGGGGGGGCCAAAGACACUGCUGCAAAGUGAUACAUGGACCAUCCAAAGGACAGAGUCUGGCUAUGAGAGCAGCGAUAGACUCAGCAGUGGCUCCACCAACCCUGAUUCACCUGGCAUCGAUAGCUUUGUUGUCAAAGACCAGCAAUCAACACCAGAGGCACAGCUGCAAAGUCAGCUGCAACAAAAGGGAGGCAAUGACAAAUCCAGUAUAAUGUCCUCACCUCCACACAACGGUAAACAUCAACCUAAACCUCAGGGAAGGAACCAUGACCAAGUUUCACAUUCACAUCUAAAGUGCAGUCCAACUGCGAGAUGGAAAUCAAAGUACACUUCUAGUACCUCCAGAAAAGCAGUAUCCUCAGAGAGGGAAUCCACAGGCUCGGACAACAAGUCGAGUGAGCAGACCACCUGCAGAGGGCACGCAGGAGAAAGUCCAGCUCUGAGGCACAUUACAAAAAACAGCAGGUCUGAAUGGAACAGCGCCGAUGAUUUAGCUCUCUCUGAGCCUGAGGACAGAGAAAACCCUGGCGCCUCUGAAUUCCAGUGUCCUCAUAUAGUCCUACCAUACCACUCUCCCAGCAAUGUGACCAUGGAGCCACUCCAACUGAACAAUCAGCGACAGCUCGGCACACCGGGGUCGCCUCAACUGCGACCAACCCAGCGGAUCGCCCCUUGCCAGGGUGAAGAGAGCCACACAGUAUUUCUUCCGAGGAUGCUUCAAGAACCCUUUCCAUUGAGUCCUUGUCUUUCCACGUCCAUAUUCUAUGUUAGUCCUCACAGGAGGCCUGACAUUAAAGGCCUCAGAACCUUCUCAGAUGCGAGUUCCAAGUCGGGCUCUGACCCAGAGAGGAGCAUCCCGUCGUCAUGUGAAAUUGAGGAAAGACUGCAGAAUGGAUGCAGAGUGGAACAGGCAGUGCCAGCCCAAGGGGUUUCUCUGACAACAUACUUCACUGUGGAUAACUGUAUGACGGAAACGUACCGUCUCAAGUACCACAACCAGAGGCCCCUUGUCCUUCCAGCCAUGGUGCCGUGGACAAUGGUUGUGACUGAGCGCAGAGAUACCGGCCACACACUCCCCACUGACACAUACUCACAAGAUGUGCCCAAAGCCAGACCUGAAACAAGCCAUAAUAGCAAUAAAUCUACUGCAAAAUGGAACCCAGUGACAGCCAAAGGACUGGAUGAACGUGUUUUUUUAUGAGUGUUAACUUGGUUUGUUUACAUGGAAGGACAGUGGUCAGUGGAGUAUAAACUGGAUGCCAAAGAGUUUACAGAAUGGGAACAUGUCUUGAAGAUACUCCAAAUCGAGUGGAAUCUAUUUAUGCAAGCUUGUCACAUAAGUAAAACCUAUUUCUGAAAGCUGUUGUGUAUCUUUUGAUGAAUUAUCAACCAGUAUGCAUAGUGUACUGUCCAUUGUCCCCAGUAGUAUAGCAAGUAGAUUUAGUUUCAACCAAAAUCUAAACUGACUUCAGUUUGCACAAAGGGUUCUUGAGUCUUUGUUAUUCUUUUUAAUCACUUUAUGUCAAGUUUAAAUGUUUAUUUUUGCUAUUUGUGCAGUAGUCCCCCAGCAGUGCUGCAGAAUUGAAGAUAUACCAAUAUAUUUUAAGUAAGACAUGAGAGACAAAAAAAGGAAGUGUGAAGGCAAACAGCAGCUUGUUUACAUGAACAUCUAUAUUAAAGAUACUAUAACAGAAUAUGAUGUCAUUCUACACAACAAAUUAAAUGCAGCAGGUUUAUGGUUGUUUACUUAUUACUUACACAAGUCAAAUGAGUAUUAUAUGGGCAGCUUCAAACUGUAUGCACAUUGAGGGCCUUAACCAGGGAACAUUUCAACACUUUGGUUACUGUUUUAUAUAUUACUGUUAUCAUUCGUCAGUUAUUUUACAACAUGUCUGCGUUAAUGAAUGACUUGGGGCUGCCCUGAACUUGUCAACAUAUUUUGCUGUCGAAAUCUGCCAUUAUCCAUUGACAUUGAAAGAAAAUCGUUCUCAAAAUGUCCUUGAGCAUGACCGUGUUCAGUUUCUGGCAGUCUAUAAAUGCUUUAAUUUGGUGACUGAUGUCCUGUAGUUGGUGCAGGCCUCAUGUUAUAUACUGUAGGUCCAUAUCACCAUUUAUACUCUCCCCUGGAGUGUGUUGGGUCUUUUGUAAUUCACAUUGAUGUCAAAUAGUAUUUUUUUAGUCUUCCUUUAAAAGUAGACUGAUUUAAAUAGGUCUGUAUUUGCAGGUAUUUUCAUAAUGAUGCCAAUAUAAUAAAUAUAUGCCUGAUAUUGACCAUACAACAGAAACAAAUAUUUUAGUUUGUAAGACUAAUGUUCUCAAACCUGCAUGUGGCCUUUACAAAAUAUGACUAGCUGUGUGUACAGCAUACGCAUGCGCAUGAUAGUGCUGGACAUUGAGUGCAACAAUCAUUUUAUUGGAGUUUACUUUAUUGUAAUAACAUUAGUUAUUAAAUAGAAAUAUACAGUUAAUUUGCAAGCUAUUUAACAUUCAUAUGAUUGUUUUCCUCUUCAACCUGCUCAUGCAAUGUCCCAUUUUGGUUAUGCAUCCGUUAUACAUAUAAACACAUGAUGCAAACAAUACACUGAAAUACUUUAGGAUAACUUUUAAAUCAGAUUGUGUCAUUUUUAAGGCUUUGUAUUUUGUACAGCCGACAUUCCCAAAAAACACAUACAAAUCAGUGAAGUAAAAUUUUAAAAUAUAUAAAAGUGCGUCAUUUACAAGAUUGUGCUGUCGUAAUUAAAAUCAUUCAUUUUACAGUUAUUUUAAAAUAACUAAUAUAUUCACAGGAUAAAUAAAUCUCUAAACUACUGGAUUAGAUGAAGUUCAUUUGGGAGUGUAUUAACCAUAUUGUGUGUGUUUUUGUGCUUUCUUAUGUGACUAAUUAUUACUAGUUAUAGCAUUUAUUUACAGUAUUUAUCCUGUUAAUUACUUUUUUCUUCAUCUGUAAAAAUAGGUAUUGUUUUCACACAAGUUGUAAUUUACAUUCUGAACUUUGUGUCUUGAGUUGUAUCAAGAGUGCCUUGACAUUUUUCAGUGUGAUGUGUUAUGUGUGAGUGAAACCACAUUUGGUGAAUGAAGGCGAUGAUCGAAAGGGAUGUCAUGGAAAAUGUUUUAAAUAUGCAAUGUAAAUAGUGACAUAUCUGAUGACACUCCUCCUACUCGCCCCAUUGUACUCUGUGUGUGUGUGUAUGUGUGCGUGUAUGUGUGUGUGCUUUUGUGUGCGUGUGUGUGUGUAUUGGCGUGUUGGAGUUAUGGGGAUGGGUUUGUGCCAGGUAUGAUAAGUUCCAACUACAGCAACAAAGUCCCUUGUUCACUCUGCAUUCAGCUGCACGUUGCAAAAGUUUGAUUUUCAUAGAUUAAAUGUCAGAGGCAAAAAAUGGAAAAA